AUGGAGCACGAUUGUGAAAAUAGCGCAUGCUACCAGGUAUCGCCUCAAUACUGCAUGGUAGAUGGCAUCGCCGAUGUGAGCGUUCGUGAGAGGCCGAAUAGAGGCUUUCACCAAGGGCAUUCGCAGACGGAAAAGGUGCUCGUAAAGUCACGGCUUAGACUGUGUAUCUCCCGCUUACUAGCUGCCGAAACAAUACACACUUUCUUUCAAAGGUAUGUUUAUCCUCUUUUCUCAUCAUCCCACUCAUCCCUUUCCUCCCCGUCCUCCCCGUCCUCCCCCUUUUCUACUGCCUCGCCUCUCUUCAAGCACGUCUUCGAUGGGAUCCUCGCUGUUGUACACCCCUCUCUCUACAGUCGAUACGAUGGUACGCCUUUUGUUAAACUUUGUUCGUUGAUUUACGAUGACACGACAAGCUCAAAGUCAGGGCCGAACAUGAAGCAAACUGGUUGUUCUUUAAUUGAUCCAAGGUCUGUGCGACCAUUUUAUUGCAGUGGCAAUACACUAGGAUCCGCAAACACCGGAAAGGAUACCGACGACAGUACCCUUCGGAAACUUGAUUCAUGCUUUACGCGGGACGUAGCGUUCAUUCACGAGGGUUCGCCAUCGACCGCAAUGCUAUUAUCUCGGAGCAGCGAGAUAUCUAUGCAGAACCUUGACUUCAGUUUCAGUGUUCUUGACGACCACCUCGGGAACGAGAGUGUGCGGGUGCCCGAACAGAUCACUGAUCCAUGGAAUUUCUUUCGAGAGCUAGAGGCUUUGAAGAGGAUCGAGGAAGACUAUAAAGCGCGAGUGAAAGCAAAAACACAAGCUGGAUUGACCGUGCACGUCAAAGAGACGAAGAGCUCAGCAAAAAUGCCUAAGCAUGUUUCUCCGCCCGCGGGGGCGGCAAAACUACCUGUUGCAUCCGAUUCGAUAGGUGCGAAAAUACCGCUGUAA